GUCACCCGAAUUUCAAUUAUUCGCGAGAGGCAAAUCCAUCGAUAUAUUUCCCUCCUGGCCUGUUGAAUUUCGGUCUUUUCACUCGAUGAUCAUUUUUCGAAAAGCGAAGCGCGAAAUAUAUGCGCAUUCUGAUGUUUUCCGGAUCGGACUUGGAUGCAUGCAUGCCACGAGCAAACAAAAUCAACAAUGCGAUGUAAACGAGUUUCCACGACGAACAAUUUCACCACUGCGAAUCGACAUUAUCCCAUGAAACGUUGAUUACCUUAACUGUGUGCAACUCAAAGUUGUAUAUUCCGAUUAUUAUAUUUUAUAGAUUUAUAUGCCGACGACUUAUGAUUGCUUUCUGCACGCACAUCCAUAAGCGCCUGGCUUUCGCAGGCAAUUAAUCAAAAGAUUCAGUCACGAUAAUUAAGAAAACAUAAUUUCUAUGUUGCAUUGAAUCCAACAUGCAUUGAUAUCCAAUUUCAAUUAAAUCCUUCGCGCGUGCCUUCGUCUAGCCAACGUACACGUUGUAAAUUUUUAGGCUGCUUCCCUUUCGCGUUUCAUAUACCAAACCAGUCUUCACUCGAAACAAUAAGAUCCGAUACCGAGAAGAAUCCAACGAUCCUCCGUUCUUUCUCCUUUCUUUUUUUUUUCUUUCAUUCUGUUUACGCCAAUUUAUCGAUGAUAUAUCGUCGGACCCAAUCAUCCAAUUAAGCGCCCACGCCUCUCCUUGCGUCUUUACUGAAAAAGUAAGUUGUUGAUUGGCCGCCUACACGUAUCGACCGACCGUGGUAUAGUGUGGCUGCAUUAUCGAUAAUACAAGGACAUAUUAUCGAUGAACAGGUUUCGUUGAUUUCCGGUGAAUUAUCGCCAACCACGAUGGCCGAUUAUGGUCCUCGUUCAAAAGCAAAUCGUAAUUGCGUUCUAGUACGUACUUCGUUCCUGAAUUGGGUCGUGAAAUUGCUAAAAAAGUUCACAGUCGUGGAACGAACCAGAGAAGGAACAACAAUAGAGAAUCGGUCGGAUAGAGGAUAUUUUCGGUGCGACUGAUUCUCGUCCAUUCGUUUUGCAAAUUAUUCUCGACCGUGUACGAUUAGCAACGCCGAGCGCGAUGUAAUCUUCGGCCCAGCAUCCGGCGAAACGCGAAAAAGUAACGUAAACGAUAGUAAAAUUGAUUGGGUCGUGGUAGAAAUCGAAUGCAUCGGGCGACAACGGGAAAACGAAACUGCGCGAAAGCGAAAUACAUCGUGGAAGGACUAGGUUGCAGCUGGCUAACGGCAUAAUCGUGUUUCUGUCUUGCUGUAACUGUAAACGAUCGUCGCUCAAGCAACGAACAAUCGACGUCCGGGUUCGCGACAAUUUCCACCUGAUGCCGAUACAUAUUCGUUUUUAGUUGGAUUAUGCUGACCGCGUUACGGCCGUUUGCCCUGGUAAUCUGGUGCGCCCUUUGCCAAUACCGACUGGGAAUUUGCGAGCGCUCCGAUCGAUAAUAAUUGAUUCGAAAUUACCAAAUCGGCCGUGCCGCCCCAGUUCGUGAUUGGGGAACAGAUGCGCGCCACGUUCGAUCGAAUCCAGCAGAAAAAAUCGUGUUAAGUGCUCGUCGCGUGGAAAUUACGGGGUGAGUAACCAUCGCUUCGCUUCGCGCUUCGUCGCGAACCAAUUGAUCGACUAAGUUAGUUUUAUAUCCGGAUUGUUUCCAGAUUGUUCCGAAAGUUACAAAGUGUCGCGCAAAUUUCGUUUGUAACUGAAGUAAAAGAUGACAAAUUGAAAUAAAAAAAUAAAAAAGAUCAUCGAACGACAAAGUACAGGAGAUAACGAUAUCUCCCGGUACGAUAUUCGCAGGACCGAUAUUAUCGUCGAAGCACGAUCGACUACCGCCAUAAAUGUUGUUCCGGACGUUAAGCGAUUCAAUGGCGAACGAACAGAGCGUUACAGAUUUCGGGCAACGUUGGCUGUUUUCGCUGUUUCGAAUCGUUGCGAGACGCAGUCAUUAAAUCGAAACGCGGCCGCAUAAUACGGCAGCAAUUUAGUUUCGCGGCGAAGUUUAUUGCACAUCUUGCGUCGUGCACCGCGAAACGCACCGGUAACAGAUGGUCGUUGUGGAUACCGAGUGUUACCAUAAAUCAUUAUUAGCCUGGAUGCAAUAAGAAUAGUCUCCGUGCAUAAUGAAUUCCAUUAGACCGGCUGUGACUCGACGAUUUCGCAAAUCGAACAUUUCCGAAUUAAUGGCCGUGGCACGUACGCGAUCUUUUCGUUUGUAGGAUUUCGUAUUAAUUAUAACAAAAAUGUAAUAUCGCGUGGUAUAUGCAUCGCGUUUAAUUUAUAGUUGUGAGAGAAAAUUAAUAGUAUCGUGAUUAAUUAUCUGGUUAUCGUUGAUAAUUUAUCGGUUCUUUCUGGUAGUAAUACAAUACGAUGGCGCCUUUUAAUUUUCGCACGAAUCAUGUAAUAUCAAAUAUGGUACGCGGCAUAAAACGGCAUAAGUAAUCCGAUUUUCGCAAUUCUCCUCUCUUUAAGUACAUUCGUUAUCUUAAGUGUCACUCGUAACUUCAAAGGACUUUGCGAGACUUAGGACUCUUGAUUCUUAAGCGAAGAGCCUCUGCGAUGGCACAAUGCAGUCGAGUACUUUCAUCCACGCACGUUUAUUCCAUUUCAUUAACGCCAGAUUUAACGAUCGAUCGGUUCGAUCUCCAGCAGCAAUGGCUCGAUGAAUCGCGAUCUUGUUCACGGCAAUUACCGAGCCGAUAAUUAGUGCAAAUCGAUGCAUCUCGCCGCUUUGUCGCAGUCAGUCGCCGGAAUAUCCUGCCAGAAGCCGAGGCUCUCUUGAUUUCAAUUCAAAUGAAGCUUCUGAACGUGCGAUUCGCACGUUUCUCCUCCUCUCUCUCUCUCUCGGUUUCUCACGUCUUUUGCCAAACACCCUCUCGCUCUGUACAUGCUCUGUCUCGUGUACAUGCUUGUUUGCAUCUUUGUGUACCAGCCUGGCACCAUUGUCGCUAGAGAGAUCGAUGAAGCCGUAUUAAUUGGCGCUUUCGGUUUCCAUCUUAUUGUUGCUCGGCUUGAGUGAAAUUUCAAUCGACUCAACGAUCGGUCUCGGCAUCAUUCGGACGACGAUUUGUUUAAACGAAUGUCGGAUGAUCUUAAGCGUCGCUGGAAUCGUCGAUUCCAGUGAAAAACUAAGAAACGACAGGUCUUUGAUUAAGUGGAUGUUACAAGGAAAUUAAGUAGAACGAAGCUUAAGCAGAGCGAAAGAAUGUAAAAAUUCUAGUACGUAAGCGUUUCGUUUGAGAAGCUGUCUCGUGAUUAAAUAUACAGAAAAUUUACCGUAUGUAAAGUUGGCCAUUGUAUCUUAAACUCGAGGAGCGUGUAACGAACCACUUCUGUUAAUUUCUGUCUUUCAUUCGACCGAUCGCGUUAGUUUCAUUCGCGUUAGUUACAAGCACUCCAAGUUUCGCUAAAGUUCGUAAUAAAGUUUAACAAGAGUUCGAGAGUUUCAUAAGUUCAGAAUUCGCAAGUUCAGAAAAGUUCGAGUAUGAUUAUAACGUUUUUGGUACCGAUAGUUGGCAAAGUUCGAUUACCGGGAAUCAAAAUACAUCUGGUCGAAGAAAGAGGGUCACUAUCGUUCGAAAUAUCGCUAAACGCGAAUAGAAAUGAAAAUUUGGAACGCGCAGCUAGGAAUUCCAUCUUACGCUUAAAAUGGUUUCUUGCGCUAGCUAGGGGAUAUUUAUCGACGUGUUUUCUAUACGAUAGAAGGUCAUUAAAAAAAGUGUAUGGGAGGUGGAUGGAAGCAAUGCAUCAUCAUUUAGUUAAUGAUGCAUGCAAAAAUUGAUUUAAACGUGUCGGGCGUGUACAUACGUAUAUUCCGUGGUAGGUGUUAAAUGACAUGUCACGCACUCUACCAUAAACAGGCAGAAUAUUUGAUUAAUAGAACAACGCUGUUUCACGAUAAAUUAACUAAUUUCGAUAUACGCAAACGUAUAUACUGUAUCGCUUCUUCCAUAAUUUAUAAUAAGGUAGGUAAUAGCUCUGCCCACGUAUCUAAAGCGUCUUGGAGAUAAUUAGCCUUGAUCCGAGUUAACACUGUCCCCUAUUUCUUUAACUUAAUCAACUACAACUUUUUAUCGCGUCGUUUAUCCUCGUUGGUUUGCUACGAUACAGAGAACGUUAAUUCGGUAGUUAAAAUUAUUGCCCCUCUGUUAGUUUAAUUAUGCUUCGGUACAUAAUAUAGGUUGGUAGUUCUAGUACUAAACUUCGUUAUAACUUUGGUACGUUCCUGCUCAUCGCGCGCCCGAUACUUCGUCUCUAUUUUAUCUAUAUUUAUUCUGAUUGCUGUACUUUCCAACAUCCAGUCGAUCUUUCUCUAUCUCCAUCCCGGAACAUCUCUCCUCUCUUCGAUUUCGCGUUACUCUUUAUUACAUUCGCAUCCUCGAAAGAAAAACGUCUCGACCAUCCAUCAAACUUCAUUCGUCGACGCUUAACGACUCCCCUUUUUCGAACGAGCCCAUCUAUCUAAGAUCGCCGCAAGAUCGUGGGCAGAACGAUCGACGAUUAGCAAUCAUAGAGCUUGCGCUCUGUAUAAAAGGAGCGUAUCGAUGCGUAACUGUUCGACAGUGCGUCGAGAACGUGUCUUGCAAGGAGUCGAUCUCGCGUAACGAGUUACGUUCGAUCGUGAGCCAGCCGAUCCCACCUUCGACGCCCUAUAAAAGAUGUCUCAGAGAGGACAGGAUGGCAGUGCCACGUGCGAAAACGACAUGUCCGCGUCGAAAAAUAGCUCUCUGUCCCGAUUGAAUCAGGAUAGUCGACGAGACUCCGGUGACUGGCAGGAUCAGGACACCGAUUCCGAGAUCAGCGAGACCGACUUCCUCACCAAGGGUGCCUUUUUGUUGACACCGAGCCACGAGCUCAGCAUCGAGAAGGCAGCCACUAUAUGCGAGAAGAUGAAUUUUCGUGGCGCGUUCUCCUUGACGAAAACGGCCACCGGUAUACUCUUCAAGUUCAGCAACAUCGACGAUUUUCAGGCGGUCUACAAAAAGGGCUUCCACAAAGUCACCGGGGCACGCUUCUACAAGAAGGUCGCUAUACCCUGUAGACCGGCGAAGACGUUCACCGUCUACGUUUUGGACGUACCUGAAGAAUUACCCGAGGAGGAUAUUAGACACGCUCUCUACAAGUACCGGUCUAUAGUCGAAAUUACGCGGCUACCUCUCAACACGGGCACUGUUCUGAAAGCGAUCAACGACAAGUUGAAAAGCGACGCUCACAGCCAGAACGAGCCUGCGACGAUUUACACGGGGCCACCCGUUAUAAGGGUUACCCUGGCCAGCGUGGAAGAGACCUCGACGCUGCUCAGCCGUGGACUGGAUUUUUAUGGAGCCACAUAUUUCCCCACCGAAACUCCCCAUCCAGCUGCUCAGCCCCUGGCCAAAUACAAAAACAACAGAUGGCUCGAGCUGGCAGCCGUCGGUGCUGGACAAAGAGUCAGGGAUCUGCUUCCGGUCUUCGACAACGCUGGCUUCAACAAAUUACCACCCCCGGCCAGCCGGCUGAUAAAACCACAGAAAAACUGACACGUUCCUCGACUUUUUUCAUCCCCUCUUCGAAAUUCCACGCAACUGCCGUGUUCGCCACCUCCGAUCUUGAGUUUUAUCGCAUUUUAGAUAGGAGUGUCGAAGAUCGAUUUCAGGGGAUCGGGAAUGCGUUAAAGGAAAUCGGAAAUUCUUUGUUGCACCGUAACAUAAUCGCGUUUGUGUGAUACUUUUGUUAACCGAAUUCCUUCAUAGUGCAGUAGAACGACGAAGAAGGCUAAAGGGAACGACUAACAAACUAUUUCUUUGAUUCGUCGAGCCAGAUGUAAAAAUUUGUAACAUCGGCCGCUCCUACCUAAUGAGUUUUAACAAUUCGGUUAUGAUUUCUAUGCAGAUGAACAAUUACUCGUUCUAACAUUAAAAUUAAGUAAUUUUCAGAAAACGGAAUUGAUCGGUGUUUGGUUUCUGAUUGGGCGUUAUAGUACAGCGUUACGGUAUCGUAUUCCAUGGUUUGCCUAACUUUCUCUCGUACUACACUGUGAGAAGGUUAACAAUUUGCUCGAUAGGUUGACUCGGUAAUCUACCAGGUAGAACGAUUCCUAUGCAAAAUCUUUUUUAAGAUACAUUUUGAACCGUUUGAAGAGACGAGGUUUUACCACUUACGUUUUUCGUUGAUGGUGAAAAUGUAUUUAUCGCGGUGAUUUGUGCCUGAACCUGGAAGGAACGGUGAAUCCUGUGGAAUAGCGAAUAAAACUAAAUAUUGAAAAAAGAUAUGUCUUAAAAGAUAAGCUUUUAUCGAAUUCAUAUUCAUAUUGUAAUAAAGACUCAAACUGGUAUUACGUUUAUUAACCUCAGCCAUACCUCUGAUCAAAGAGAUUCUAGAAUAAAGAAGAUCAUUUCAUGUUUAUUCUAUGAGCGCUCGAUAUUUAUAGAGAUCGUUCUAUCUGGCUCUUCCUAAAAUGUUCCUAUUUAUACGUAUUUCUUUCGUAUGUGCAAGAAUAAUAUUUAAUUGCAAUAACGAAUCGCUGUUCCUAUUUAAGUUAUAUACUACGAUUCAUAAAGAGAUUUCGUUCAGUCUCUGACAGAUUGAAAAAUUUACGUAUGUUGAAAGAAAUAACAUUUGAAUAUAGAAUAUUCUAACACACAACAUUGUUAUUUAAUACCUUAGCAACGAGGAAUCAGUUUCUUGACACUGUAUUAACGAAGAUAAUUUUACAUUGUAUGGAAAAUAUUAAAAUUUUGAAGUCACACGGAAA